GUGCGGCCCCGGGCCUCCCGCGGAGCCCUGGGUGCUGUAGUGGAGGCCGCCGCAGCCAGCGCGGCUCCGCCCAGCUCUCCCCGCCAUAGUGCGGGUGGAAGCCAUGGACGUCAAUCAGUCCAAGCAGGAGCACUUGCUGGCUCUGAAAGUGAUGAGGCUAACCAAACCUACUUUAUUCACUAAUAUUCCGGUGACUUGUGAAGAAAGAGAUUUACCAGGUAAUCUCUUUAAUCAACUCAUGAAAGAUGAUCCUUCUACUGUAAAGGGUGCAGAAACUUUGAUGUUAGGAGAAAUGCUGACUCUGCCUCAAAAUUUUGGAAACAUAUUUCUGGGUGAGACGUUUUCCAGUUAUAUUAGUGUGCACAAUGAUAGUAAUCAGGUUGUCAAGGACAUACUGGUAAAGGCUGAUCUUCAGACGAGUUCUCAGCGUUUGAACCUUUCAGCUUCUAGUGCUGCAGUGGCAGAACUUAAACCUGACUGUUGCAUUGAUGAUGUGAUCCACCAUGAAGUAAAGGAAAUAGGAACACACAUCUUAGUUUGUGCAGUAAGUUACACUACGCAGACUGGAGAGAAGAUGUAUUUCAGAAAGUUCUUCAAAUUUCAGGUUCUUAAACCACUAGAUGUGAAAACCAAAUUCUACAAUGCUGAGACAGAUGAAGUGUUUCUGGAAGCUCAAAUUCAGAAUAUCACUACCUCUCCAAUGUUUAUGGAGAAGGUUUCUUUAGAGCCAUCUAUGAUGUACAGUGUUGCAGAACUGAACACAGUUGACACAGUAGGGAAAAGUGAGUCUACUUUUGGCGCAAGGACUUACUUACAACCUAUGGAUACACGUCAAUACUUAUAUUGUCUAAAACCAAAGCAAGAAUUUGCAGAGAAAGCUGGAGUAAUAAAAGGUGUAACAGUGAUUGGUAAACUAGAUAUUGUAUGGAAAACCAAUCUGGGUGAACGAGGAAGGCUGCAAACUAGCCAGCUCCAAAGAAUGGCUCCUGGCUAUGGUGAUGUAAGGCUUUCUUUGGAGACAAUACCAGACACUGUAAAUUUGGAAGAACCUUUUGACAUUACAUGUAAAAUAACAAACUGCAGCAGUGAAAGGACUAUGGAUCUGGUUUUAGAAAUGUGCAAUACUAAUUCCAUCCACUGGUGUGGAGUUUCAGGAAGGCAACUUGGAAAGCUGCACCCAAGUUCAUCCCUCCACCUUGCACUUACAUUGUUGUCUUCAGUGCAGGGAUUGCAAAGUGUCUCUGGCUUAAGACUUACAGACACGUUUUUGAAGAGAACAUAUGAGUAUGAUGAUAUUGCACAAGUCUGUGUAGUUUCUUCUGGAGUCAAACAAAGCUGAAGAAAAAAAUUCUGUGGUUCUGC